ACGACGCAGACACAACGAACUCAUGAUACUACCGAAAGACAUUGCCACAAUACCAACUGUUGUCACUCUCGGACAUGGUAAAGAUGAACGACGCGGCAGCGGUGUAAUUUUUGAGGAUGAAACUGACCGGGAUUUCUGCGCUGAGUGGCGGGGAAAAGGUGAAAGGGAGAGCUUUGGGUAUCUGGUUUGAAG